CAGCCCGUGUCCGCGAGCGGGUGUGGCUGUGGAGCCCCAAGCUGGGCCCGCUGGAGGCCCAACUGUUGGAAAGACGGAGAGAGAGCGGAGGAAGUGAGGGUGAGGCAGGGGGAGAGGAGCUAGUUCCCCGCAGCCCUCAAAGGAGACUAGCCCAUAAGGCCAGCCCUGCCACGAAGGGAAGGACUUUGGAGAGCCCAGCAAGGCCGGUCCGUGGCCGAGCAUCUUCUGCAGAAUCAUGGCCAGGAGUCCCGGAAGGAGAGCGCUCCCACCACCGUACGGAGUCUGUGCAUGUCUGCGUGGGAGAAGAGCUCGCCCAGCCUCCCCCCAGUGGGUUCACCCCUCUGCCACCAGGUUUGAUUUGGUGCCUAAUCCGGGGCCCAUCUGACUGACUGCUGACCCAGGGCCAUCCUCGGGUGGCAGAGGAGAGUCGUGCUCCGUGAGGUUUGCAAGGACUGAGUUUUCCCGAGUCGAGUCCCCAGCCUUUCUCCCGAGGCACUGUUGGAUGGACUGGAACCUCCUGCUUUUCCGUCAGCGACCACGCGCAUUAGCCCUCUGCCCCACCCUGCGGUGUGCAGCCAGGCACUGCUUCCCCUUCUGCCAGGGCUUCUGCCUCGCACCUUGCUCUCCUCUGUCCUCUCUGGGAAGGAUGGCCUGGGGCUCGUCUUUUCUCUCCGGAGGAGAGAACCGGAUCUUAGUUUCUGGCCCAUGGUGGGCCCGGGUAUACCUAGACUUGGGGGUUGACUCGUCGUCUCCCUUCGCCCCCGUUUUGGCCAUGUUUUCCUCAGAAACUAGGACUCGGGGCGUGGAGAUUACACAGGUGACACAGAGGAAGGAUGUGGGCAAUUAGGAAUAUUGAACUCUGGCCUGGAAACCCUUGUCCACAACAAAGGCUUCAGAGGCUUGGGGGAGGUAGGUCGAGGUAGUUGGGAGGGGUGAACUGAGGGGCACACUCCUCUCACCAUCUGCCUCCUUCUGUCUCCAAAGGGCUCUCUGCCGCCCGAGUCCUUUCUUCUCUCCUGCGUCUCCUGUAUCUUAUCCUCUUCCCAGGAGGCUGGGGGGCAGGUCUAGCACAUGGUGAUGAGUUUCCGGGUCUCUGAGCUCCAGGUGCUCCUCGGCUUCGCUGGCCGGAACAAGAGUGGAAGGAAGCACGAGCUCCUGGCCAAGGCCCUGCACCUCCUCAAAUCCAGCUGUGCUCCCAGCGUCCAGAUGAAGAUCAAGGAGCUUUACCGCCGGCGCUUUCCCCGGAAGACCCUGGGGCCCUCCGAUCUCUCCCUGAUCUCGCUGCCCCCUGGCACCCCUCCUGUCACCUCCCCCAGCCCCUUAGCCCCCAUUCCCCCGUCCCUCUUGGCCCCUGGCACUGUGCUGGUCCCCAAGCGUGAGGUAGACAUGCACCCUUCUCUGCCCCAGCCUGUGCACCCUGAUGUCACCAUGAAACUGUUGCCUUUCUAUGAAGUCUACGGGGAACUCAUCCGGCCCACCACCCUCGCAUCCACCUCCAGCCAGCGGUUUGAAGAAGCGCACUUUACCUUUGCCCUGACGCCCCAGCAAGUGCAGCAGGUCCUCACGUCCAGAGAGCUUCUGCCGGGAUCCAAAUGCGAUUAUACCAUCCAAGUGCAGCUAAGGUUCUGUCUCUGUGAGACCAGCUGCCCCCAGGAAGACUAUUUCCCCCCCAACCUCUUUGUCAAGGUCAAUGGGAAGCUGUGCCCCCUGCCGGGUUACCUUCCCCCCACCAAGAAUGGAGCAGAGCCCAAGAGGCCCAGCCGCCCCAUCAACAUCACACCUCUGGCUCGGCUCUCGGCUACCGUUCCCAAUACCAUCGUAGUCAACUGGUCAUCUGAGUUUGGACGGAAUUACUCCUUGUCUGUGUACCUGGUGAGGCAGUUGACUGCAGGGACCCUUCUACAGAAGCUCAGAGCCAAGGGCAUCCGGAACCCAGACCACUCCCGGGCGCUGAUCAAGGAGAAAUUGACCGCUGACCCAGACAGUGAGGUGGCUACUACGAGUCUUCGGGUGUCUCUCAUGUGCCCGCUCGGGAAGAUGCGGCUGACAGUCCCCUGCCGCGCACUCACCUGCGCCCAUCUGCAGAGCUUCGAUGCUGCCCUCUAUCUGCAGAUGAAUGAGAAGAAGCCCACGUGGACGUGCCCCGUGUGCGACAAGAAGGCUCCCUAUGAGUCCCUGAUCAUUGAUGGUUUAUUCAUGGAGAUUCUUAAUUCCUGCUCGGACUGCGAUGAGAUCCAGUUCAUGGAAGAUGGCUCCUGGUGCCCAAUGAGGCCUAAGAAGGAGGCGUCUGAGGUUUGCCCCCCACCAGGGUUUGGGCUGGAUGGCCUCCAGUACAGCCCGGUCCGCGAGGGAGACCCCCCGGAGAAUAAGAAGAAGGUUGAGGUUAUUGACCUGACAAUAGAAAGCUCUUCAGACGAGGAGGACCUGCCCCCGACCAAGAAGCACUGUCCUGUCGCCUCAGCUACCCUGCCGGCUCUGCCUGGCAGCAAAGGCGCCCUGACCUCCGGUCACCAGCUGUCCUCUGUGCUCCGCAGCCCUGCCGUGGGCUCACUGGGCGGGGAUUUCCUGUCCACGCUCCCUCUGCAUGAGCGUCCGCCUGCCUUCCCGCUGGGGGCUGACAUCCAAGGUUUAGAUUUAUUUUCUUUCCUGCAGACAGAGAGCCAGCACUACGGCCCCUCCGUCAUCACCUCGCUAGACGAGCAGGAUGCCCUUGGCCACUUCUUCCAGUACCGGGGGACCCCUGCCCACUUCCUGGGCCCACUGGCCCCGCUGGGGAGCUCCCACCGCAGCUCCCCUCCGGCACCGCCUCCAGGCCGGGUCAGCAGCAUUGUGGCCCCGGGGGGGACCUUGCGGGAGGGGCAUGGAGGCCCCCUGCCCUCAGGUCCCUCCUUGGCCGGCUGUAGGUCAGACAUUAUUUCUCUGGACUGAGUCCCUUGGACUGUGAACCCUUCAUUGUCCCCUCCCAACUGUGAGCAAGGAUGAAGUGGGGUCCAGACCCCUGGCCACUCUGACCCCCACCCCUGUGGGGCUUCUGGCCAGACAGACCGGAUAGACCUUCAUGGACACCGAUUUUUGGCCUUAUCUCUGCCUGACAAGGCCAGUACCCAAAGGGUUAAUAUUUAACCUCUUGCUAAGGACGUCCUGGUCCACUGUGGAAGUGCUCUCUGGAGGCCGCGCUUUGCUCUGGGUGUGUUCGCCUAGGCAGUGGCAGGCAAGUGGGCUGGGGUUGGGUUGGGGGAAGGGCUGAGUCAGCCCGAACUGUAUGUCCAGCCUUGUGAGGAGGGGCCGGUCUCUCUUUGCUCCCCGGGUGCCCGAUUCUUUCAUCCCCCAAACCCAGGGCUCUGUUCUCCCACCUCCAUUGUCUCGUCACGUCCAUUCCGUUCGUUCCCUUUGGCCAAACAGACAAGAGGAGAAACAGAAACCGUGGACAGAGAACUUUAUUUUGGGUUGCAAAAUUGUUUUUUGUACAUAAACAAAAACCAAAUACUCCAAAGAUGGCUUUUCCCACCUCCCGCUUCCCAGGCUGACUGAGGAGAUGCUAAGGCCUUGGUCCUGAUCCCCUAGGGUUGGGGGCAGGCCCUGGCCUAACCUGGGUCUUUCUCUAUUUAUAUAUUUAAAGUUCCUAACGUGUCUUAACGACCAGCCCGGGGCCCAAGCUCUCAGAGGCCCCCGGUUGGUUCCGUCUGCACCUUUCUGGGGACACAGGGGGACUCGGGCCUCCGUCCCAAUUCCUUUUUUUCAGUCUUCUCCAGGGCCUAGAACUUCUGUUAUGAUUUUACUUUUUAUUCCCAACAUUUUAGCAAAAUGCUCACCCAUAAUAAAGGUCGUGAAUAUUC